GCGCGCGCACGCGCACUCCGCGGCCCCGCGGCCGCUCCUCGACAUUCCAUUCCACGUGUUGCUUUGGAGGCGCCACAGGUUCCUCACCUGCGCCGGCUGCAGGGGGUCGGCGGCCGGGCUGGGGCCGAGCGCGGGCUGGCCGACGGGAGGCUGGGCGAGCGGGCUCCGGGCGCCCCGAGCGCCCCCGCGCUAACUCCGCCUCUCGCCUCCCGCGGCUCCGCUCGCCCGCCCCGCGUCCUGGCCGCGGCAAACACUAGGGCGCCGAACUCGACGUGUCCGGAAAGCCGGGGCCACUUUCCCUUUCGUUCUGCGGCCGCCGCGCGCGGACCCAGGCUCCCGCGCACCCGCGGGGACAGCUUCGCUCGGCCAGGAGCCCAGGGACCCCAGCUAGCACCAUGCUCGACCCGUCUUCCAGCGAGGAGGAGUCGGACGAGGGGCUGGAGGAGGAGAGCCGCGAGGUGCUGGUGGCGCCGGGCGGCUCCCAGCGAGCGCCGCCGGCCACGGCUCGGGAAGGGCGGCGGGACGCACCCGGGCGCUCCGCAGGCAGCGGCGGCGGAGCGGCUAGACCCGUGAGCCCGAGCCCCUCGGUGCUCAGCGAGGGACGAGAUGAGCCCGAGCGGCAGCUGGACGAGGAGCAGGAGCGGCGCAUCCGCCUGCAGCUGUACGUCUUCGUUGUGAGGUGCAUCGCGUACCCCUUCAAUGCCAAGCAGCCCACCGACAUGGCCCGGAGGCAGCAGAAGCUUAACAAACAACAGUUGCAGUUACUGAAAGAACGGUUCCAGGCAUUCCUCAAUGGGGAAACUCAAAUAGUGGCAGAUGAAGCCUUUUGCAACGCAGUCCGGAGUUACUAUGAGGUGUUUCUAAAGAGUGACCGAGUGGCCAGAAUGGUUCAGAGUGGAGGAUGUUCUGCUAAUGAUUUCAGAGAGGUGUUUAAGAAAAACAUAGAAAAACGUGUACGCAGCUUGCCGGAAAUAGAUGGCCUAAGCAAGGAGACUGUGCUGAGCUCAUGGAUAGCCAAAUAUGAUGCCAUUUACAGGGGUGAAGAAGACUUGUGUAAACAACCAAACAGGAUGACCCUGAGUGCCGUGUCUGAGCUUAUUCUGAGCAAGGAGCAGCUCUAUGAAAUGUUCCAGCAGAUCUUGGGUAUUAAAAAACUGGAACACCAGCUACUUUAUAAUGCAUGCCAGCUGGAUAAUGCUGAUGAGCAAGCAGCCCAGAUCAGAAGAGAACUCGAUGGCCGCCUGCAGCUGGCAGAGAAAAUGGCAAAGGAAAGAAGAUUCCCCAGAUUUAUCUCAAAAGAAAUGGAGAGUAUGUACAUAGAAGAGUUGCGGGCUUCCGUGAAUUUGCUGAUGGCCAAUUUAGAGAGUCUUCCCGUCUCUAAAGGCGGUCCAGAAUUUAAAUUACAGAAGUUGAAGCGUUCCCAGAAUUCUGCAUUUUUGGACCUAGGAGAUGAGAAUGAGAUCCAGCUGUCCAAGUCUGAUGUGGUAUUGUCAUUCACCUUAGAGAUCGUCAUAAUGGAAGUGCAAGGUUUGAAGUCAGUCGCUCCUAAUCGGAUUGUCUACUGUACAAUGGAGGUGGAAGGCGGAGAAAAACUCCAGACAGAUCAGGCUGAAGCUUCAAGACCACAAUGGGGAACUCAAGGAGAUUUCAGCACUACCCACCCUCGGCCUGUGGUCAAAGUGAAACUCUUCACAGAAAGCACAGGGGUCCUGGCCCUGGAAGACAAGGAACUGGGCAGGGUGAUAUUAUACCCAACUUCUAAUAGCUCGAAAUCAGCAGAAUUACACCGAAUGAUCGUUCCCAAGAAUAGUCAGGACUCUGACUUAAAGAUCAAAUUGGCGGUGCGCAUGGAUAAACCACCACACAUGAAGCAUAGUGGGUAUCUGUAUGCCCUUGGACAGAAGGUUUGGAAAAGAUGGAAAAAGCGUUACUUUGUUCUUGUUCAGGUCAGCCAGUACACUUUUGCUAUGUGCAGCUAUAGAGAAAAAAAGUCUGAACCACAGGAAUUGAUGCAACUUGAAGGAUAUACUGUGGAUUACACAGACCCCCACCCAGGCCUCCAGGGUGGCCAGGUGUUUUUUAAUGCUGUUAAAGAAGGGGAUACUGUAAUAUUCGCCAGUGAUGAUGAACAAGACAGAAUAUUAUGGGUACAAGCCAUGUACAGAGCCACAGGCCAGUCUUAUAAACCAGUUCCUGUGGUUCAAAGCCAGAAGCUAAAUCCUAAAGGAGGAACUCUCCAGGCAGAUGCUCAACUUUAUGCAGACCGUUUUCAGAAACAUGGGAUGGAUGAGUUUAUUUCUGCUAGUCCUUGCAAGCUUGACCAUGCCUUCCUCUUCAGAAUUCUCCAGAGACAGACUUUGGAUCAUAGACUGAACGAUUCCUAUUCCUGUUUGGGGUGGUUUAGCCCUGGCCAAGUCUUUGUAUUAGAUGAAUACUGUGCCCGCUAUGGUGUGAGAGGCUGUCACAGGCAUCUCUGCUACCUUACAGAACUGAUGGAACAUUCAGAAAACGGUGCUGUCAUUGACCCCACCCUGCUCCAUUACAGCUUUGCAUUCUGUGCCUCUCAUGUGCACGGCAACAGGCCUGAUGGAAUUGGAACUGUUUCAAUGGAAGAAAAAGAAAGGUUUGAAGAGAUAAAAGAAAGACUUUCUUCCCUUUUAGAAAACCAGAUAAGCCACUUCAGAUACUGUUUUCCUUUUGGACGACCUGAGGGUGCUCUAAAAGCUACACUUUCGUUACUUGAAAGGGUCUUAAUGAAAGACAUUGCCACUCCUAUCCCCGCAGAGGAGGUGAAGAAAGUGGUCAGAAAAUGUCUGGAGAAAGCUGCCUUGAUCAAUUACACUAGGCUCACAGAGUAUGCCAAAAUUGAAGGGCCUGCAGAAAAGGAAACAGAGACCAUGAAUCAGGCUACUCCUGCCAGGAAGCUGGAAGAGGUUCUUCAUCUCGCAGAGCUCUGCAUAGAAGUCCUACAACAGAAUGAGGAGCAUCAUGCUGAGGGAAGAGAGGCAUUUGCCUGGUGGCCAGACUUAUUGGCUGAGCAUGCUGAGAAGUUUUGGGCUUUAUUCACAGUAGAUAUGGAUACUGCAUUGGAGGCCCAACCUCAAGACUCCUGGGAUAGCUUUCCUCUUUUCCAGCUGCUUAAUAAUUUCCUCAGAAAUGACACACUUUUGUGUAAUGGGAAAUUUCACAAACACUUGCAAGAGAUCUUUGUGCCCUUGGUGGUCCGCUACGUUGACCUGAUGGAAUCUGCCAUCGCCCAGUCAAUUCAUAGAGGCUUUGAACAGGAGACGUGGCAGCCUGUCAAGAAUAUCGCCAACAGUCUUCCCAAUGUAGCUCUUCCAAAAGUUCCAAGUCUGCCUGUUAAUCUUCCACAGAUUCCUAGCUUUUCUACUCCUCCGUGGAUGGCUUCUUUAUAUGAGUCCACCAAUGGCUCAACAACAUCUGAAGAUCUGUUUUGGAAACUUGACGCACUGCAAAUGUUUGUCUAUGACCUACAUUGGCCAGAACAAGAAUUUGCCCACCAUUUAGAGCAAAGACUUAAACUUAUGGCCAGUGAUAUGAUAGAGGCCUGUGUCAAAAGAACAAGAACUGCAUUUGAACUCAAGAUGCAAAAGGCAAACAAAACAACUGACUUGCGCAUCCCAGUUUCCGUGUGCACCAUGUUUAAUGUAUUAGUUGAUGCUAAAAAGCAAAGCACCAAGCUGUGUGCCCUGGAUGGAGGACAGGAGUUUAGGAGUCAAUGGCAACAGUACCAUUCAAAAAUAGAUGAUUUGAUUGACAACACUGUGAAAGAAAUCAUUGCACUGCUAGUUUCAAAGUUUGUUUCGGUGUUGGAAGGAGUGCUGUCCAAGCUGUCUAGGUAUGACGAAGGCACUUUCUUUUCAUCCAUUCUGUCAUUCACUGUGAAAGCAGCUGCAAAAUAUGUUGACGUCCCUAAACCAGGAAUGGAUCUGGCAGACACCUACAUUAUGUUUGUUCGGCAAAACCAGGAUAUUCUUCGAGAAAAAGUCAAUGAAGAAAUGUAUAUAGAAAAGUUGUUUGAUCAAUGGUACAGCAAUUCCAUGAAAGUCAUUUGUGUGUGGCUGGCUGACAGACUAGACCUCCAGCUUCAUAUUUACCAACUGAAGACGCUCAUCAAGAUUGUGAAGAAAACCUAUAGGGAUUUCCGAUUGCAAGGUGUGUUGGAAGGAACGCUGAACAGUAAGACAUAUGAUACUCUGCACAGACGUUUAACUGUGGAAGAGGCCACAGCCUCUGUUUCAGAAGGAGGAGGACUUCAGGGCAUUACAAUGAAGGACAGUGACGAAGAAGAAGAAGGCUGAUAGCACACAGUUCCACAAAAGGACUGAAGGCCUUGGCAUUGUUCUGUGCACCUUGUCCUUGUAAUUGUACUUACUGUCUUGACCAAAUAAAAAUGCUCAGAUUUCUUUAGAAAAUGAACUCGGAGAAAAAGAGAGAAAUGCCAAGUAUUUUUUGAAAGAAAACCAUAUUCAUGUGUAUAGCUUGGCCUAAAAUGGGCUCUGCUCAUGACUAGGACAUGAACUUCUUUGGUCUUUUAAUUUUGUUUUUGUUCUUUGUUGUUGUUAGUAUAUUUGACUUUCCUUUUUAAUAGUCCUAUCAAAAUCACAUCCUGUGUGUCAUAUGAGAUACGCGUCUCCUAUGAAACAUCAUUAGGAAAAGCCAUCUCUGGUCACAGCAUCAGUUCUGUUGUGCUUCUGUUAAAAUGGUGUGCUUCCAGGUUAGACUUCGUGUACAGUGUUUGUUCUGUACUUCCCUUGCCAGUGUUGUGGUGUGUAUGAAGCUUUAGCCUUGGUUUUCAUAACUCUGAAUUUGUCUGCAGAUGUAAUCCUGGACUUCAGAGAGGGCCAUGCCCGAACAUAGACUAGACUGUCCCCAGGCUUACGUCCUGUUCCCUUCUGAACAUUUUUUUCAUGAGUAAGACAUUGCUAGGUGUGCUUCCAUCAACACACUGUACUCUAUUUCUGAGUGUGAAAGCUUGCAGGCAAUAAAAAAAUCCAUCCGGUCAUA